UCCUUUCCCACCACUCCUGAACGAAACUCCCCCCCUUGACUGUCAGCUGCUACUGCAACGUGCGCGCGCGCGCCAUGUCCUGGCCUUUCAAGCGCGCGCAAAGGGGCGGCUGUGCGCGUGCGCGUCGGCCAUCCCAUGGAGAGAGCCAAGCGAAAGCGUCGCGCCUUGCUGGAGAGAUUGGGAAAGUAAGCGCGCGGUCUGGCUCGUGGCCCGUCAGCCUCCCCUCCCUCAGGAGCCACCACUUUAUUCUGAUUGGCCGGCUGGAGUCCCGGGCAGGUGUCAGCAGCCGCAGGCAGCCAGGAGAGGACAGCGAGGGCAGAAAGGGGAGAGCAGGGGGACUCUCAGGCAUUAGCGCCACAAUUCUUAGCCCUGGCAGAGGAGGAGCCCCUGCUGCCUCGAGAAAACCAGGAACGGUUGAAAGCCGUCACCUUCCCGUGACAGCUGCCAGGGGAGUGCCGAGAAGAAGCAACGCGGUCCCUUGCCCGGCUGGUCUCCUCUCGGGACACUUGUGCUUUGCGCUGGAGAGACUCGCUCCUCUGCGGUUCGGGAACUCCUGGAGAUAUUGGUGCACACCGCUGCCAAAGGCUGGAGGUUCAUUUUGAUAAUUGAUUACACUGAGGAUAGAACUAACCAUGGGGAGGAAGUUGGACUUGUCUGGUUUGACUGAUGAUGAAGCUGAGCAUGUCCUUCAGGUGGUUCAGCGAGAUUUCUCCCUCCGCAAAAAAGAAGAAGAUAGACUCAGUGAAAUGAAGCAGAAGCUUGAUGAAGAGGGUAACAAGUGCAGCAUUCUUUCCAAGCAACAGAGGUUUAAUGAGCACUGCUGCAUGCGUUGCUGCUCCCCUUUUACGUUUCUCAUCAAUACUAAGCGACAAUGCCAAGAUUGCAAAUACAACAUCUGCAAGAACUGCAGCUCCUAUCAAAGGAAAGAGAAAACCUGGCUCUGCAGUGUGUGCCAGCAAGCUAGACUAUUAAGAGCUCAGUCCCUGGAAUGGUAUUAUAAUAAUGUGAAAAGCCGCUUUAAACGUUUUGGAAGUGCUAAAGUUUUGAAGAAUUUAUACAGAAAACAUCGGCUGGAGACUGGAGCUGGUUCUGACAUGCUAGAAGCAGGAAGCUUCCACGAAGGGACCAUAGAAAAUGAAGGAAGCAUAUGUGGCAGUGAUUCUACUUUCUACAGACAGACUGAAGGACACAGCAUGACGGACACCCUUGCUGUGGCCUUACGUGUUGCAGAAGAAGCAAUAGAAGAAGCUAUUUCUAAGGCAGAGAUGUAUGGUGACAGCUUGGACAAACAGAAUGAAGCUUGUUACUUACAGGACCAUAGAGAGGAGCUUAUAGAAGAACUUGCGACCGCUAUCGUCCAGAAGAUUAUAAGAAAGCAGAAGAGCAAGCUAGAGCAAGUGGAGGCUGGUUUUGAAUGGCCACGAUCCAAGAGCAGCAGUGGCCUGACAUCUGUUACUGCCUUGGAUCAGAGUAUGCUGACUUUCCCAGGGAGUUGCAGGGGAUCGUACACAUUAUGGAGGUCUCAGUCUGCAUUCUCUCUGACUAAUGAAGGUGCAUCAGACAGAUACCCAGACCGCACAUCUUCUGUGCCUGAGUCUCUCUGGAGGCAACUGAAAGGCCCAAGCAGAAACCAGAAAGAGCACAAACUAUCUGCGCUGCCCAGCUGGAAGAGUGUGGACCGAUUAAAUGAAUCAACUUUCUCCCCUGUUUUGCAAAGUACAGAUGGAAACUGGGUGGCCUUGAAAGACGUCAUUUUGCCUCACCCUCAAAUGCUUGCCAAACCAAAAAGUCAGGUAUUCAAAGCUUUGGAGAAUGAAUCCAGUGUUGUGUCUGCUUAUGAUGAGAUGGGAUCAGAUAGCGAAGAUGGCUAUGACUGGAAUGUGGUUUUGGAAAAGCUACGACAGAGGCCCAAGAAGCGGUCAAAUUUUGUGAAUUCCCAGUGCUAUACUGAGUGGGAGUAUGGCAAUGAACAGUACCAGUCUGUGACCUCCCCUUCAUCUGGGCUGUUUACCAACACUGAGACAAUGUACUCUGACUCUGAAACAUCAUCUGUCAGUUCUUCGAGGGAAGCCAGGGGUUCUAGCUGUCUUCCUUGGAUACAAAGGAGAACUUGUAACAAUAAAUCCAGAGAGGAAACAUUACAAUUACAUGGGAAACUAGAUGUGAACUUUAAUCCACAGGCUAUCAAUUUAGACUAUUCAGACAGCAGUGAAAGUGAGGAAGCCUAUCAUGACUUAGAAAAAAGGUCAAGAAGGUGGAGAAAAGGCAAGACUCCCUCAGAAGAUUUAUGCAAAGACAAAAAUCACACAAAAAUCCACAUGAAGAAUCUGAGCACAAGCCAGGCAUCUGAUGAUUUAUCAGAACCUGACAUCAUCAGUGAAGAUCAACACCAUCGAACAAAGGCAGACCCUAUGGAAGAAAAGCUGAAAUCAAGAUUAUAUGAACUGGUUGCAAAAAUGAGUGAUGACACGGAAACGUCUUCAGAGGAACAGUUGUCAGAAUCAAAAACAGAAUCUGAGACCCAGAAAUCAUGCUUAUCUUCAGAAGACAAUGGCAACUGCAUUCAGGAGGAGUUAAAGAAGGAAAAACAAAAAGCUUUUGAUCUUCAUCUUAAACUUCAGUUUUUAACCUCAGCACUUCAGCAGAAAUAUUCUGCAGUGUCUCUCUGCCGCAUAUCAACUGAGGUCCUAAAAGUCAUCAAUGCAACAGAGGAACUCAUAGCAGAAUCUGCAGGUCCUUGUGAUUUUGCAGCAAAUGUGUCUGACAAAGGGAAAAGAGAAUUUCCAUUAGGUGCAGACCCUAUCAGACUUGAUGAGCAACUCACAGCAUUGGAAGAAAAUGUCUACCUGACAGCUGGCAGUGUGUAUGGCUUGGAGAGUCAGCUAAAUGACCUUGAGGAUACAGCACGCAGAAUUAACAGCAUUACUGCAGAAUCAGAGUUGGCUGACCUGGAAGAUGAAGUGGCAACAGCAGCAGCACAAGUUCAUUAUGCAGAGCUCCAGAUUUCAGAUAUUGAGAGCAGAAUUUCAGCGCUAAUGGUAGCAGGCUUGAAUGUAGCUCCAUGUGUUCACCUGAUGAGAAAACGUGACCAACAGCAUACAAACCAGAUGCACACAAUAGACACAUCCAGACAGCAGAGACGAAAACUUCCAGCUCCACCAGUGACAGGUGAAAACAUGGAUGCUUUUCCAGUUGCACCUGUUAGAACAUUUAACAGGAAUUUUAUGCUCCAAGGAUCUCUGUCACAAAGAACAAAAAGAGAGAGAGAAAGCACUGCCAAGGAUUUGAUGGAACCAACUAUAGGGUCUGCUGUAAUGUACUAGGAUUAUCCAGUUCUACUGCCAUUAACACACUGCCUAAGGCUGCACACUUGAGUGCCUUUAUAUAACAGCCAUUGUAUACGUCCAAUAAAAAUGGACCCUCAAGAACUCACAAUGCCUCAGUAAUAGGGCUUUGCUUCGAUACCUCACUGAGAAAGCCGUUCAAGUCUUCAGCAUUGUGGUCUGCUGUUGGAAACUCUGCCUUAAAGUUCUCAUGAGACUCCAGAAAGGACGCUGAGUUUCAUAUAAGCAAGGCUCCAUGUUUUAAGAUGCACUUCACGCACCCUAUUGUCUAUUGUACUGAAGUAUGUUGUCGUAAUUGACUUGAAGGCACAUAACAACAACAACAAUGUUGUCUUUAAAAUACAGUAUGUUUUGUAUUCUUAAUUCAUCCAUUAGUGUCAAUGUCUCAUGUGAUGGUCAAGGAAAAACUCAAGUCACCCAUCCUGUCUUCCAGAUUUGCUGGCUCCUUACUGUUCACACAGUCAUAGUCAUAUGUAUUGUUGAGCAAUAAGAUGCAUUGUGGAAAGGGAUGGCCAGUGGGGAGGUCGAAUGGGAGGGAAAGCCAUUUUUCCAUUUGUGCUGGCAUACUCUGCUAGGCACCAUAUGAGUGUCAUAAAAUAUAUCUAAGAGGAGAUAUGGAUGCUUCCAGAUACGGGCUUUAGAUCACGAAAAGGUAGUUCAGAUCUGGGUUUUGUGUGUGUGCUAUUGAAACAUUAGCUUCCACACAUUCAUUUUUUCAGUUACGGGUAUUUGUUUUUAUUCAUCUGUUAGCCAUCCACAUAAGUGGGCAGAGCUCAAUGGAAUGUAGCCAUGCUUUUUACCCCUCCAUCAACCGCUGCCCCCCACCCUCCAUUAUCCUUUUCCAUUCUGGGCAUGUGUGCGUGUAUUUCUGUACCUGUUUCCAUGCACUUUUAAAAAAAAUCACCAGAAGUGUGCAAGAGCAAAUGUUACCAGCCCUUAGAUACCAUGUUUCACAACAGGCAAAAUAACGGCUUUCAUAGAGAGGUUUUUAAAAAAUAAUUUAAAAAAAACCCUGAGGUCUUGCGCAAGAGUGAUAUUUAGCUAAAUUGAUCUGCUAUUUGAUUUGGCUGGGGUGAAUGGCAAUAUCUAAAACCAUUACAAAUACCCUGUAGGCCCCUGUAACCAUUAGCAGCAUAACCAUGUGGUUCCCCCAUCCAAAGAGCCACAACAGCAAUGAAAUACUGACAUUCUGAUCAAAAGACCUCCAUAUUAAAAAUGUACUGUAUGUACUGCACUUACAAUCUCUGAGGUAAUUCCCUACAUGUACUGUUUGAAGACCUUGAGAUAACAGGUCCUCCAAACCAGUUUGUUGGAAUUCAGAAAUGACUUCAGCAUGUGGCAAUCUGUGCAAAUAGGCACACUUGUAUUGUUUGACCACCAGAAACAAAAUGGCUAGGUUGUGCUGCCUUGGGCAACUUUGAGAGGAAGGGUGGGAUAUAAAUUGAAUAAACAGUAAAUAAUAUAAAAACAUAAUAGGGAUGUGGUGGUAGAAGCCACCCAUCAAAAUAUCACCACAUCCAACGCUCAGCCCCAAAAUGGGCUAACGAGCUUCCGUGUCAACAAUGGUUGUGGAUGUACAAUGGGUUAUUUUUACAUUGGAUUUUCCAUGGUAAAGGAAAACUGGAUUUAAAUGUUAAAAAGUACAGGCUGACAUUUUGAUGAUAACAAUGUCAGAUGCUGGAGAAAGCUUAUGUGCAUGAGCAGCACUGAUUCUACAAUAAACUCCUGUCUGGAAGCACCUCAUGUCUGCUUGAUAGGCAAACUUUCACCUAGAUGAAUUAGAAAUCUCUUCUGUCCUCAAGAAAUGGCACAUGCCGCUGAAACCAAUCCUAACCUAGAACUGGCCCAGGACUUGGAAGCCUUUCCUAAUAUGUAACAUUCAAAUUAAUGCACAUUCACUCCAUCUCCAGUUACAAAAGUGAGCUAGUCAUAAAGUGUAGGUGAUCACUCUGUUUAUGGAAAUAUCUAUAUAUAAACACAAACUUUUAGAAGUGUGUAUUUGCAGUUUAAGGAUCAGAUUUUGAUAGCUUAUUUCACUGGAAGUAAUAAUGUUCCUUUGAUUCCCACUAAAGUGUGUGGAAGGAAGCGACUUUUUGAAUCACAGUAUUCUCCAGAUAGUUAUAAUUUCAAUGGAUGGGCCUAUUUCAGUGCUUUCAAUCCCCCCGAUCUAGACACAUGAGCUCCUUAAGUAUGUACUGGUUAUUUUCUGCUCCAUGUAGUUGACUGGCUGGCAAAGACUGAUGUUGGACCAGAAUCAUUUUGUGGCUUUAUCAGUUGAUUCAGUUGAAUGUGUGAGCUGAAAUUCAGGCAGCAACACUGGGCGCAUUAUGUGUCUGAAUAGCAUAUAGUUACUGCAAGCCCUACAGUGGUCAGACGAAUGUGUAUAAGAUUGCAGGCUCAUGCUCUGUCUCAGAUAAUCCUUAUACACCUAGCAACCCAGGUUCUAGGCUGACAAUUGCUAAAACAUUAGAACCCCUGCUACACCCAUAAGCAUGCAUUAAAAGGCUAGAAAGACCUUCACUACUCCUUAAUUGUAAGAAUGGGAGGGUGGUUAUAACAAGAGAUUCUGUUUGCAAUCCUAACCACACUUCCUAGGGAGUGAGCCCCACUGAGCUUAAUGUGACUUACUUCUGAGUAAACAAGCUUAAGAUUGCACUGCCCAAGUAUGUACCUGCAGCAAUGUUAGAUUCAUUAAUUUCUUUUAGGUUUGUGUAUUCCUAGGCCCUUAUCUAAAAUUCCUGUCCGAUUCACUUUUUUAUUCUGCAGACAAAAUGAUGCCAUUAUAUACAUGCAUGAAAUUCCUACUAAGUUUUAUAAAACUUGAUUAUUCAGAUGGCAGAAUUUUGUCUGCAGUAUACAAAAAUCCAUAUACUAUAUGAUCUAAUAAAAGCUUCUUAAUUAAAAUAGGGGGUCUAAUAUAACUGUGUCUGUUUUAAUUCACAUGAUUUUUUCUGUACUUGUCCAAGAUACAUCCCCAGAUUCUUGUUUCUGCAGGUCUGUGUGUUAAUGAAAUAUCAGUAAUGAUGGCUGGUCUACAUAUUUGUCCAAUGAUAUUAUUAGCUAAUAUUGUGUAUGUAAUAUUCAAUCCUACAUGACUAAUUUUGAUAGAUAACUCUUUGCCUUUUGUUCUGUUGGUGUGAUAUAAAACAAAACUGAGUUUGGAAUAGAAUGUUUUCCAUAAGAGGCAUGAAAAGCAACUACUGUGUUCAAAUGUUAAACUAUCCAGUCUUCUUUGACAAAAUGUGUACUUGUAGACAUUGCAAACAACAAACAACCACUACAAAUCCUUGCCUGCUGUACGGCAUUUCAAUUUUUACAACGGUUUACCUGUGCCAAAUGUGCAAAGAUUAAAGUUACUGUUUUAAAGAAAACCAUAAAAAUGUAUAAG